UGCAUGAUGAUGGGGGGCUGGAUAAUGGGGGGGUCUGUAAUUUGGGGGGGCACAUUGCAUGGUGAUGGGGUGUUGGACAAUGGGGGGUCUGCAAAUGGGAAAGGGGGGUGCACUGCUUGGUGCUGGGGGGGUUGGAUAAUGGGGGGGGGUCUGCAAAUGGGGGAGAGGGGAGGAGGGUGCACACCAUGUACUGCUGGGAGGAGUCCCCUUUACCCCCCCCUGUCCCCCGCAGAUCCAUCCCCCCAUAAAAAAAGAAGCCCCCCGGGGGUCUCCCACCCCCAUGGACCCCCCCCACCCCUCCCCACGAUGGACGCCCACCCCCUGGGGGGGUCCCAGCACGGAACAACGACGGUUACGGUUCAGGCAGUUCCGUUAUCAGGAAGCUGCCGGACCCAGAGCUGCUUGUUGGAGGUUAAGGGAGCUGUCGAGGAGAUGGCUCCGACCCGAAAGAAGGAGCAAAGAACAGAUUCUGGAAUUGUUGGUGCUCGAACAAUUCCUCAGCAUCCUUCCUGAAGAGAUCCAAAGCUGGGUUUGGGUACGGCAUCCCCAGAGCUGCGCCCAGGCCGUGGCUUUGGCUGAAAGCUUCCAGAUGGGCUGGGAGAGGCAGGUGACGGUGCGUGUGAAGCUGGAGGAGGUGCCCCCAGGGAACACAGAAGAUCCCGAGGUGGUGCUGGACCCCCCCAGCCCCCCACUGGAGCCCUCUGGGGACGAGUGGUGGGAGGGCAAUGGGAGGUUGGACCCUGAGGAGGAGGAGGAGGAAGAGGAGGAAGAGAGGAGUCUGCAGGAAACAGCAGGUCCCACGGAGCUGGAGGACCCCAUCCUGACAACCCAAGACCCCCCGCAUCCCCUCAACAUCCCCCAAGGUGGCCGCACCACCAGGACUCCCACGCACACCGAGACCCACCACCACCCCAGGGGGACCCCAAAGGAUCCCACCGCCUUCCCACCACCCCAAAGACCACCCAGACCAACGGAGGACGCCGGGAAUGCUGAGAAACCAUGGGUGAAACCAGCAGCACACAGCAAGGAGCGUCCCUACCCAUGCGGGGAAUGCGGGAAGACCUUCGGCCGCCUGACCCACUUGAAGACCCACCAACGGACCCACACUGGGGUGAAGCCCUACGCCUGCGGUGCGUGCGGCAAAAGCUUUGGCCACCUCUCCACCCUCACCACCCACCAGAGGCUGCACACCGGCGAGCGACCCUACGCCUGCGGGGCGUGUGGGAAGACCUUCACCAACCCAUCAGACCUCAACAAGCACCAGAGGUCGCACACGGGCGAGAGACCCUACCCCUGUGCUCAGUGUGGGAAGAGCUUCAGCCAGCAGUCCAACCUCACCAUGCACCAACGCAGCCACACCGAGGAGCGGCCGUACCCUUGCGGGGCUUGUGGGAAGAGCUUCAAGUACCUGGCUGAUCUGACGGUGCACGAGCGCUCGCACACGGGCGAGAGGCCCUUCCCCUGUGCUCAGUGUGGGAAGAGCUUCAGCAAUAAGUCCUCGCUUGCCCGGCACACGCGGAUCCACGCGCGGGUGGCCGCCAGGGACAAGUGAUAGGGUUGGGUGAUGGUGGGAUGGGGGGCUGGGAGGGGUGAAGAGACGAUGAUCCACCAGGAAUCGCCAUUGGAGUUGCAACAUAACAAGGGGUGAAGAAGAGCAGCUGGUUGGUGGCUUCCAAGAGCAUCUGAGGUAGCUCUGAAGUUGGUCAGUACUGAGGAAGGGAUCCAAUUCUAUGUGUUUGAGAACUUGGUAGCCCCAGGACACAACUCCUUAGUCCCAGAGGAGAUGGAACAUGGUUGACUGUGAAGAGGAGCUGAUGGUUGGUGGAUUCCAAGAGCCUCUGAUGAUGGUUGGUGGCCUCUAAAGUAGCCCAGGAGGCCCUGAAAUUGCCCAGUACUGAGGAAAGAAUCCAAUUCUACGUGCUUGACAACUUGGUAGUCCCAGAAGAGAUGGAACAUGGGUGAGGGUGAAGAUGAGCUGAUGGUUGAUGCCCCUCAAGAGCUUGGUGGCUCCAGAACUUUGUUCCCUGGAUCCAGAAGAGAUACAGCAUGGACGAAGGUGAAGACAACCUGAUGUCUCCCAUGAGCCUGGUGGCUCCAUGAUGCAGCUCACUGGUCCCAGAUGGGAUGUAAUGUGGUUGUGGACCAUCAGAAGAUGAUCUGAUGGUUGAUGUUCUCCAUGAACUUUCUAUGUGACUCCUUUAAUCCCAGAAGAGAUGAAAAACGGAUGAGGCUGAAGGUGAGCUGAUAGUUUAUGUCCUCCUAAGCGCUUGGUGGCUUCAAAACUUUGUUCCCUGGAUCCAAAGGAGAUAGAACAUGAAUGAAGGUGACAAUGAGCUGAUGGUUGAUGUCUUCCAAGAGCCUGGCAGCCCCAAAACAUGUCUCCUUUGUCCCAGAGAUGUAAUGGUUGAAGGUGAAGAUGAACUGAUGGUUGAUGUCCCUCAAGAUGGAUGAAGGUGGCAGUGAACUGAUGAUUGAUGUUUUUGAUGAGCCUGGUGGCUCCAGGACUUGAUUCUUUGCUCCCAAAGGAAAUUCAAUAUGGCUGAGGGCAAAGGUGAGCUGAUGGUUGACGCCCUUCAAGAUCUUGGUGGCUCCAAAAUCUGGUUUUCUGGUCCCAGAGGAGAUACAGCAUGAAUGAAUGUCUGACGGAUGAUGUCUGCCAUGAGUUCUUUGGUCUCACCUCCACACACCCCACCCUCAUCUCCACCAUCAGGACACCCCAUCCCCUCCAAUUGAGCAUUUCCAGAUGAAUCUGUUUUUUGGUUUUUUUUUCCCCCCAGUAUUUAUUCAUUGUCACUCCUGCAGCGAGUGACAACCUCCUCCCCGGGCCUUAAUGCUCCAGCACCGACCUACCUCAUGGACCACUCGACAUGCCCAGGGCUCCACAUCUCCUCCCUGUGGGUUCACCCCGCUUUCUCCCCUCCCCACUGCUGUAACAAAAGUUUGACCCGUUUCUCUGCA